AUGGCGGUGCUGCUGCUGUGCCUGCUGCUGCUGCUGUCGCUGUCGCUGCUGUCGCGACUGUCGCGGCGCGGCGAUGGGCGCGGCCCGCGCUGGGGCGCGCUGCACCUGCUGCACCCGCAGGGGGCGCUGCACCUGAGCCGGCUGGCGCGGCGGCACGGGCCCGUGCUGCGCAUGCGCCUGGGGGGCCGCGACGUGCUGGUGGCGAGCUCGGUGGCGACCAUCCGUGAGGCGCUGGUCCGGCACUGGGGGGACUGGCUGGGGCGCCCCCCCAGUUAUCUGGGGUCGCUGGUGUCACGGGGGGGCCGGGACCUGGCACUGGGAGGCCCCUGCCCUGGCUGGCGGCGGCAGCGGGGAGCAGUGCGGGGGGCACUGGCCCGGGCUGGGGGGCGUCUCGGGCCCCUCCUUUGGCUGCAGGGCCGGGAGUUGUGUGAGGAGCUGCGUUCCCAUGGGGAGGCCCCCCUGGACCCCUUUGAGGUGUUCACCUUCCACACCUGCAGCACCAUCGCACGCCUCCUCUUUGGGGACCUGGUGCCCCCUCCAGGGGAGCUCCGGGCCUUCUCCCGCUGCCUGGGGGAGCUGCUGCAGGUCUGGGGGCACAGCAGUGUACGGGUGCUUGACCUGCUGCCCCUGCUGCGGGCCCUGCCCAACCCGGGAUUGCAGAAGCUGCUGCAGCUUGUCCAGCAGCGAGAUGCGUUUGUGGAGGCCCAGAUCCAGCGGCACCAGGCAUGCCCCUCCCCUCUCCCGGACACAGUUUUGGGGGCGCUGCUGGGGCGCAGUUCUGGGGCACGGGGGGGCCCCCUGAGCCCCCCCCGGCUGCACAUGGCGCUGGUCGACCUGUUCAUUGGGGGCACCGAGACCACGGCAGCUGCUCUGGGCUGGGCUGUGGCCUUCCUGCUGCACCGCCCUGAGCUGCAGGCGCGGCUGCGGGCGGAGCUGCAGGGGGCACAGGGACCACCCGGGCCGGGGGACACGGGGCGCCUGCCCCUUCUUCAGGCCACCGUCAGCGAGACCCUGCGGCUGCGACCCCCUGCGCCCCUGGCACUGCCACACUGCGCCCUGCGCCACAGUUCCCUCCAAACUUGUGGAGGUCCGCCCCUCAGUCCUGGGUCCCCCAUGGCGCCGGGUGCCCCCGAAGGCCUGUGGGUGCCCCCAUGCCCCGGGACCCCCAGCGCUGACCCGUCGCCCCCAGAGCGGUUCCUGGCCCCGGGCGCUCCCUCCCGGUCUCUGCUGCCGUUCGGCUGCGGGGCGCGAUCGUGCCCGGGGGAGGGGCUGGCGCGGGCCGAGCUCUUCGUGUUCCUGGGGCUGAUCCUGCGGGAAUUCCGUCUGGAGCCGGGCCCGGCGGGACUGCCGGGGCUGCGGGGGUCGCCGGGCACGGUGCUGCGCUGUCCCCCCUUUCUCGUGCGUAUGGUGCCCUGCCAGCCCCCGGGCUCACCCUGACCCUGGCCUGACUCCACUGACCGCUUUAUUACUUUUCUGAACACCCUGUGACUCACCUGAGUGUUUUUUUGACCAUUGCUGAAUACACCUGACUUCACCUGACACUGCCUGAACCUGGCUGACCGUGACCCCCUGACUGACCCCACCUGACCUCGGCCUCACCCCUGCCAACCCUGUGCCUCACCUUGACACCGGCUGUGACCCCAGCUGUGACCCUCCCUAACCCCACCCGACCCUGCUUGAACCCUGCGUGACUCCAUCCCAACUCUCCUGCCUCCCCCUGAUCCAUGGGCGCCCCCAUUCAACACCCCUGAUGCCAGGCUCAGUGCAGUGUGGGAGGACCCCAUUCACCUCUUCCUAAUAAAAUUUGUACU